GUGUAUAUUUCAAUGUUCCUUUCACUUGAAGAGAAAACUAAAUGAAGCAAUUCCUCCCCUCUUUGUUCCUUUGAGUUUGCUAGUAUCCAUCACACAACUGUCAGCUUCCACCUUCAUUCAAAGAAAAAGCAACCAAAAACAAAUGCCUCCUUAUUUAUUUAUACAUUGUAGUUUUCUUCUUUCUUGAAUCCCUCUAAAAGCAUAACUCACUGAUCGGUAUCCAAAACCAGAAACUUAGAUUCAGUUCACAGUUGAGGGUUUGAUGAAAUGGGGUCUUUAGAAAGAUCAAAGAAGAAGGUUCAGUUAUGGAAGAAAGCUGUUGUCCAUUUUGCUUUGUGCUUUGUUAUGGGAUUUUUCACAGGCUUUGCUCCUACCGGUAAAGCUUCAGUUUUUACUAGUGGAAUUGUUUCUUCAAACAAAUCACACUUCUCUCCUCAACCUGUUGAAAUGGUUCACCUAGAAGUGACACCACAGCCUUCAAAAAAUGCCAGAGUUGUUGCUGAAACUCCUGUGCCAAUUCCGGCAAGUUCUGCAGAAUCUGAAAGAGCAAAGUUCUUGGAAGAAAAAGAAGAAGAAGAAGAAAGAGUACCCAUGUUGAUUCCAAGAAGACUAGUAAUUAUCAUCACUCCAAUGAGUACUAAAGAUCGGUAUCAAGGUGUGCUUUUGAGGAGAUUAGCUAAUACUAUAAGGUUGGUUCCUCCACCAUUGCUGUGGAUUGUUGUGGAGGGGCAAAAAGACUCUAAUGAAGCAUCAGAGAUUCUUAGAAAAACAGGUAUUAUGUAUAGGCAUUUGGUUUCCAAAGAGAACUUUACAGAUCCACAAGCUGAACUGGAUCAUCAGAGAAAUGUUGCUCUUAGGCACAUUGAGCAUCACAGGCUUAGUGGGAUUGUUCAUUUUGCUGGCCUUUCCAAUAUCUAUGAUCUUGCCUUCUUUGAUGAGCUCAGAGAAAUUGAGGUAUUUGGGACAUGGCCAAUGGCAUUACUAUCUGCAAACAAGAACAAGGUGAAAAUCGAAGGACCUGUAUGUGAUUCCUCACAAGUUAUUGGAUGGCAUCUGAAGAAAAUGAACAAUGAAACAGAUGCAAGACCUCCUAUUCACAUUUCAAGUUUUGCUUUCAACAGUUCUAUUCUUUGGGAUCCUGAGAGAUGGGGUCGCCCUUCUUCUGUUCCACACACUUCACAGAAUGCAAUCAAAUUUGUGAAGCAAGUAGCUCUUGAUGAUGAGACCAAGCUAAAAGGAAUCCCACAAGAGGACUGCUCUAAAAUAAUGCUUUGGCAACUUAAAUUUCCCAUUGAAAAAGAACCUUCUAAUGAUCUAUUAAACACUGCAGUUGAUACCAACCAGAGAUGAAGAUCAUAAAAAAUCAUAAAAUGUGUUAGAAAAUCAAGGAAUAUUGCAAAAUUUUUUAUCCCUUCUUGUGUUUGUAUAAAUUUAUGAUAUCCCUUUUUUUUUCUGUUCA